GCAACGUGUGUGUGGCUGCGGCGCGGGCUCUUCCGGGCGCUGCAGUUUCCUGCCAAGCACCGCGCAGCCGCCUCGGCCGCAGGAGCCCCGGGCACAGGCCUCUGCGCGGGUGCUGGACCCGGGCUCAGCCGCGCACCCUGCGGGGCCCCACGCCACCCGCCCGCACGAUGCGCGCGGCGCCACUGCUGCUGCUGCUGCCACCGUUUCUGCUGCUGCUGCUAGUGCUCCUGGCCGUGCCCGCCGCCCACGCCAGCCGUGUCCACUCCGCAGGGGCGCCGCAGCCAGAGCACCCGCCGCCUGGCUCGGGGCCUGUGAAUACCACCCGGACCGGGUCUGGGGAGGCGGCGGUGGCAGGCGGCGGUAGCUCCAAUAGCAGCGGCGACGCUCUGGUGACCCGCAUCUCCAGCCUGCUCCGAGACCUGCCCACCCUGAAGGCGGCUGUGAUCGUGGCGUGCGCCUUCACUGCCUUCCUCAUCGCCUGCCUGCUGCUCCGCGUCUUCAGGUCGGGAAAGAGGUUGAAGAAGACCCGCAAGUAUGACAUCAUCACCACUCCAGCCGAGCGCGUGGAGAUGGCCCCACUAAAUGAAGAGGAGGAUGAGGAUGAGGACUCCACGGUAUUUGACAUCAAAUACAGGUAAAACCUGUUUUCCAGCCUGUUGGCCUCCUGUGGAAAGUUGAUCGGCUGCAGCCUGAGUGUGAGGGCUCUGGAAGCCGUCUUUUCUCCAAGGUGUUGAAGCCAAGACAAACAUUAUUUAUGAAACUCUGGCUCGUUUGUGUGUGUCACGCCUGCUCAGAAUGUCACCGCAGGAGAAUCACCUCUACCACCCUCUGGAUGCCCCUUUAAAAUGUCACCCUUUCUUCCUCCUCAAGGGGGCAAAGGGUAGAAAUGUGUUGACUUAAAAAUACUAAUUUGAAAGCAACUGUUGACAAAAGUAAAAGUGAUCGGAAGUUAUCAAGAACCGCUCCCCAAAAAGCCUACAGGAUAUCCAUGUGUGUAUUUAGGAUUUCUGACACCCUGCUCUCCCGGAUCUAUGACAUUCUAGAUGUCUAAACCUUUGGUGAUCUUUUGGGCUGGGUCAGGUUCUGGCCUUAUGUUGGGGAUGACUGUGUGAAAGUUCAAAGUGGAAGUGCAUAGGGCUGGUCAGCCCACAGCAGAAGUAUUCACGUUUGUGGCACCUUCCCUUACCUCACCUUCCCUUCCUUCUUCUUUUCCUUUUUGAAGGGUUCAGCAGAAUUAAGCACAGCUAGUUCACAAAGAGUUUUGAAUAUCAGGGACUGUAUUUGAAGUUGGCCUCGGCCAGGCUGGACUAGGAACCCACUGAGCUCAGGAGGUACCACGGGUGUGGGUCAGGGGUUCGGGUGGCUCCUGGAAGCGAGGACUUGGGUUGACUUCUCAGGCUGAUAGAGGCUCCCGUUUUGCUGUUUCCCUGGGGUCAAUGCUUCUGCUAAAGCGGACUGGCAGUGCCUUUGGGGCCCUGGGACUCUGUUCUCUCUGGAAAGGUGUUUUGUACUUUUUUUUUGAUCUCCUCUUUUCUUUUCUGGCUCUCUGCAAGGUUUGUGUAUUUGCCUGUUAAUUGCACCAUUGCUUUGGAUGAAACCUCUAGCCUUUCCCUGCUCACCCCCUUUUCAGAUUCUUCAGUUUCCUGAGAAGGGGCUGCCAGAGCUGCAGGGUCCCCUGGUUCCCAACCCCCCUGGGCACAGUGCUCUGCAGCCCUCGCCUGUAAGGACCAUAUGGUGGCCUCUGCAGGAAGGAGGGGGACCCUUGGGGAGACCGUUAUGAGAAGAGUGCUUGCUGCAUGGAACCCACAUGGCAUGCUUGCUCCCCUCUGAUUUCACUUCCUGUGUUGACUUUCCUUUUCCUUUUCUCUGCUGUUUGCCAGAGGGCAGGCCUGCUUUAUCUCUCCCCUCCACAGUGUCCUCCUGGGUCAGACUGGUGACUCCACGGGACCGGCCACAGAGAAGCUGUGUGCCCCCUGCACCUUUGAACUGGGACUGCAGCUCACACUUGCCUUUUCGACAACUGUCAGGGAAUGAGUGAUCAGCGGGGAAGCUGGGUUCCUCUGCCUUCCUCCCAAACACCGGCUCCGGCUGCCAGGUGCUCAUCGCCAGGCCUGGCAGAAGCAGCGGAGGAUGACCUUCCAAAUUCUGGAGCUUCAGCACUGUAGGCUCUUAAAUAAAACAAACAAACAAACAAACAAACAAACAAUAACAACAGCAACAAACAAUAACAACAACAAACAAACCCUUUGGUGUGAACCACAUGUGUACUGGCUUGGAUGUUUUUGAGAUAUGGAGGCCAGCAAGGUGACUUUGGUGAUCAGGGAUGAGGGCCCAAGGCUGGAGUGGGAGGAGGUGGGGCCCUGUGGGAGGUGCCUGGACCUGGUGGUUUAGGGAAAAAAACAACUUAGAAAUAAAAUGGCCCUUGUGGGAGAAGGAG